AUGGGUGACCCGCUCUCUAUCGCAUCUGGAGUUGCCGGUUUGCUGUCAUUGGGUAUCCAAGUUACCAAAUCUCUAGUCGAUUUCUACUCCGCAUACAAGGAUCAGACUCCUGCUCUGGCCAAGACUGUGCUGAGUCUCAAGAGCCUUCUCAGCAUCCUCCAUUCCCUUGAUGAUGCACUACAAAAUGGCCAACCUCGGACGGAUGCACUGCUCCAAGAGAUCGACAAGGUGGCAGUGGACUGCCGUGGGGUCAUCGAGGAACUGAGGGACGAGUGCCAGAAAUUCCAAAAAGAUACCACUCUAAGUUUGAAGGGCCGAAUCCAAGUUGCCGGGCGCCGGGCGACUUAUCCAUUUAGGACGAGUACUCUACAAAACCUUGAAGAGAUUAUCGGCGAGAUACGGGGAAGAUUGUCUCUUGCAUUAAAUGUGCUACAGCUUAGAAACCAGACCGGGCUUGAAGAUGGGAUAUCUGAACUCAAAAUACUUGUCGAACGGACAAACACGAUUCACAUCUCUGCUACGAUUCGUGAUUGGCUUAAGGCCCCAGAUGCGACCAUUGAUCACAAUACCGCAUGCGAGAAACGCCAUACAAGCACAGGACUAUGGUUGGUCAACGGCCAGGAAUUUCAGAACUGGCUAGUUGAGCCCAAUUCAUUUCUCUGGAUUAAUGGCUUUGCCGGAUGUGGCAAGUCGGUUCUAUGCUCGACAGCAAUUGAAAGUACAUUCCGCGAGAGGCAACAUCAGCCCAGUGUAGGAAUCGGAUUUUUCUACUUUUCUUUCAAUGACGAGUUCAAGAGAGAUACUUCGGGCAUGUUACGCGCAUUGUUAUUACAGCUAUCGGCUCAACUUGAAGGAGGCGAAAAAGAUCUACAAGAACUGCAUAUGUUGUAUAAGUCGGGUACUCCUCCAGUGAAAGCCCUACUUGACUCCCUUCGACAGAUCAUCUACAAGUUUAGCGACACCUACAUUCUGUUAGACGCAUUGGAUGAGAGCCCCCGAGACGAUAAAAGAGAGGAAGUUCUAAGUGCGGUAGAGACGAUCCGGCAGUGGGAGCUUCCCACUCUCCACCUCCUAGUAACCAGCCGUAACGAACUCGACAUCCGCGAUUCUCUGGGAACUCCCUUCUGCCAGGAUAUCCCAAUGAGAAAUCCGGAGACAGAUGCAGACAUUCAAAACUUCAUUUCCUACCAGCUCGCCAAUGACCCCAAGUUUCAACGAUGGAAAUUACGCCAUGAAGAGAUUCAAGAAACGCUGAUGACUAAGGCACAGGGAGUAUUCAGAUAUGUCGAAUGCCAACUCCUUGCGUUAAAACGGGUCCGAAUCCAAAACCAACUCGAUAAAUGUUUGCGUUCUUUACCUCGUGAUCUGGAUGAGACAUAUGAACGAAUGCUGUGUAGCAUCGAUGAGGAUUACAUUGAAGAAGCACGGCUGAUAUUAACUUUACUUUGUGUGUCUAAUCGGCCACUCACUGUAAAGGAACUUGUCGGCGCCCUUGCUAUUGAUCUUAGCAAUUUGAGAUUAGAUCGUGAGGGUCGAUCAUUCAGCCAAGAUGAUCCUAUCGACAUUUGUCUUGGUCUGAUAGAGGUCGCAGUGGUUGAAGGUCGCUUUGGAGAAGCGACCACGAUUGCUCGUAUAGCGCACUUCUCUGUACAGGAGUAUCUUAAAUCAGACCGAAUUUCCCAACAAGGUGCAGCAAAAUUCAGCAUUCAAAAAGAACCGGCCCACACAGAGAUGGCUCAAAUUUGCCUCGUUACCCUCCUAGACCCAACGCUUUCUAAUGGAGAAUUGGAUGAGGCAAAGCUGGAAAUCUUUCCUUUGGCUAAGUUUUCCGCUAUGCAAUGGUUCUAUUUUUACAACCAUUCCGGGAAAAGGAAAUCUGAUAUUGAACCCUUGAUUUUAACGCUAUUUCAGAACCAGACAGAGUCAUUUGUCACAUGGGUACGACUGCAAGACAUGGAUUCCAUACGGAGCUCAAGCGACUUUGAGCGUGCUGUCGAAGAUAUCCCGUCGCCUGUAUACUACACAGCCCUGUUAGGGUUGGAGUACAUCUUAAGUGCGCUUAUAGCUAGCUGGGGGGAGAAGACCACAAUAGAUGCCGCCUUGAAUAUCCGGACUGGAAAUUUUGGCAACGCGCUCCAGGCCGCAGCAGGUGGAGGCCAUGAGAAGGUGGUACAGAUCCUGGUAGAUCAUGGCGCCGAUGUCAAUACUCCAUGGAGUUAUAUGUAUAUGCAUGGCAAUGCGCUCCAGGCCGCAGCAGGUAGAGGCCAUGAGAAGGUGGUGCAGAUCCUGGUAGAUCAUGGUGCCGAUGUCAAUGCUCCAGGGAGUUAUAAAGAUAUGCAUGGCAAUGCGCUCCAGGCCGCAGCAUGGCAAGGCUCUGAGAAGGUGGUGCAGAUCCUGGUAGAUCAUGGUGCCGAUGUCAAUGCUCCAGGGAGUGAUAUGCAUGGCAAUGCGCUCCAGGCCGCAGUACGGGAAGGCCAUGAGAAGGUAGUGCAGAUCCUGGUAGAUCAUGGUGCCGAUGUCAAUGCUCCAGGGAGUUAUAUGGAUAUGCAUGGCAAUGCGCUCCAGACCGCAGCAUGGCAAGGCUCUGAGAAGGUGGUGCAGAUCCUGGUAGAUCAUGGUGCCGAUGUCAAUGCUCCAGGGAGUGAUAUGCAUGGCAAUGCGCUCCAGGCCGCAGCACAGAGAGGCCAUGAGAAGGUGGUGCAGAUCCUACUAGACCAAGGCGCCGACGUCAAUGCUCCAGGGGAUUAUAUGUUAGGCAGCGCGCUCCAGGCCGCAGCAUUUGGAGGCUAUGAGAAGGUGGUGCAACUUCUGCUAGAUCAAGGCGCCGAUGCCAAUGAUCCAGGGAAUUAUAUGGAUGGAAACGCGCUCCAGGCCGCAGCACGGAAAGGCUAUGAGAAGGUGGUGCAGAUCCUGCUAGAUCAUGGUGCUGACAUGAAUGCUCAAGGGGGUGAUUAUGGCAACGCGCUCCAGGCCGCAGCAUUUGGAGGCUAUGAGAAGGUGGUGCAAACUCUGCUAGAUCAAGGCGCCGACGUCAAUGCUCCAGGGGAUUAUAUGUUAGGCAGCGCGCUCCACGCCGCAGUACGGGAAGGCCAUGAGAAGGUAGUGCAGAUCCUGGUAGAUCAUGGUGCCGAUGUCAAUGCUCCAGGGAGUUAUAUGGAUAUGCAUGGCAAUGCGCUCCAGACCGCAGUACGGGAAGGCCAUGAGAAGGUAGUGCAGAUCCUGGUAGAUCAUGGUGCCGAUGUCAAUGCUCUGGGGAGUUAUAUGGAUAUGCAUGGCAAUGCGCUCCAGGCUGCAGUACGGAAAGGCCAUGAGAAGGUGGUGCAGAUCCUGCUAGAUCAUGGUGCCGAUGCCAAUGCUCUAGGGGAUUAUAGGUAUUGCAUCUCCGCGACCGAGCCAUCUACAGCAUGA